UAUACAAUCCGAGGUCAAGUUGAUUUCCAUAUACAAACCUGUAGGCUACAAUGUUUUUUCUCUCUGCUGUUGAAUGAAUUGGAUAUAUUUCGGACUGUCUGCCUCGUUUUAAGGAAAGUAAAAAUGUUGUCCCAAAAAUCAUAUAUUUUCUGAAGUUGGAUAGAACUGUUUUGGGUUAACUCCAUUUAAAACUUUACACUUUAUUGUAAAAACGCCUCAAAAACGUGGUUGUCUCUUUAAUGUAUGAGAGAAUAAUGUAUAUUGUAACAUGUUAAUGUACCAUUCAUUCAAAUUAUAUCUCGAAACAAAGUCAACUUAAGCAGUCGUAGUACUUAUCAAGCAUAAUGUGCCAUUGCCAAGUUGAAGUUGCUGACACGUCUCAUGUCCAUUUUUUAUGGAGCAAUUACGUGCAUAUAUAGUAAGAUUAUUAAUUUGUUAAUGCUUUACAGGUGGAUAUGAGGGGUUACCUGAAAACAUCGGGGUGGGUAUUUAAACUCCAGGCUGAAACCACUACAGUAGGAACACAUAGGGAUUGCGAUUUAUGUUUACAGAAUGGGGGAGUUGAGGAGCAUCACGCCCUGAUCGAAUGGAGCAAAUCAGAGCGAUGUUUUGUGCUGAGUGACCUGAACUCUGCCCAUGGUACAUAUGUCAACGACUGUCGUAUCCACAAUGCAGCCGUGCGUCUAACCCCAGGCGAUGAACUGCACUUUGGCUAUGGAGGCUCCACCUACCAGCUAGCUGUGGAAAGCCCAUCUACGCUCCCCUGCCCUCCCAAGAGCAUCUGGACAGCCAGUCAGAACUCCCUGCAGCUGAUAGAGGAGCCCCCCCUUGCCCAGUCUCCCUCCUCCCCCUCCUCCCAGCUCCCUCUCCUACCUGGCAAUACUUCUGCCCCUGUUGCGUGGGUAUGGGGGCGAUCAUCUGUCACCCCUCAUCCCCCUAGCCGGGCUCGACCAGCCAGUGCUGGGACCAAACGGACUGGGCAGAGCAUCCCCUCCGAACAACAAGGGACAACCUCACACAGACCAGGAAGUUGGACUGGACACACAGGAAGCGGGCCCCCUCAGAGAACCGGAGAAAUGGCAUCUGAAAGUUCUCAGACCAUGCAGCACCUCUUACAGGAGAAGGUGGGCAUCUGUCUUGUUGGUGGUCUUGUUAGUAGUCUUGAGGAGAGGCUGCUGCGACUGGGAGACGAGAUCAGCAGGCUGGCUGUGUUUGAAAGUGAGUCCCAGAGGAAGGACAGGGUGAUUGCAGGGCUGAGGGACGAGGUGUCAGCUCUGAGACACCAGCUGACCCAGAGCCAGCAGACCGACCAGGAGAUCAAACACAGGCUGCGCAGUCUGGAGAGAGACAUCAAUGACAAGAGGGAGCAGAUCGAAAGGAUGAAGGAGCAGAUGGUAGAGCUGCAGAGGGGCUCCAGUGAGGUGUUUAGGAAUUCUGUCACCGAGCGAGACCUAAAGAUCUCCAACCUAAGAGGUCAGAUGGAGAGGCUGAAGAGGGAAAGCAGCACUGCCUCAGGUCUGGUAAGAAGCUUACAGAGAGACCUGAGUUCGAGGGAGAAGCAGGCUCUGAAACUGGCGUCUGAGGUGGACAGACUCCGGCAGGACAUCCGACACAAGGACAUCCAACUGGGGGCUACUGCCACCAAGUUCUCCAAAAUGAGCAAGAAGCACCAGGAGGAGUUACUCAACCAUGAAAAUGAGGUGAUGACACUGAAGAAGAGCGUUGAGAGGCUGGAGGUUACUUUGAGGGAUAAGCAGAGGCUCCUGGAGCACCAAACAACAGACAGGGACUUGCUAAAAAACAGACUGGAGAAGACAAUUGGGGAGCAAGCUUCUAUGAUCGCGGAGUCUGAGGCAGAGAGGCACACACAACAAAAGAAGAGCAAAGCUGAGCUGGAUCUGGUGCAGGCACAGAUUGAGCACCUUCGUAACCAGCUGCUGAUGAUGUUACCCACUGAACCCUCUGACUCCACUUCCCAUGAUGCCUUGUCAGACCAGCAGGUAUUAGAGCAGGUGGCAGAGCUGCUAGAAGAGAGAGAGAGCCUGAUGAGUAAAAUAGAGGAGCUGGAAAGACAACUGAAGGAGCUCAUGACUGAACAGGAGGGGGCAGCAGAGGACACAGAGAGACUGAAAAGUAGGCUGGAGAUCUGUCAGGAGGCAUGCUCGGCAAAUGCACUGGAGAAGGCCAUGACCUCACUACAGGAGGAGAGUGUGUCUCCAGCUCUGGCCUGGGUCAAGGCUUCAGUCCUCUCCAUAAUGGCUACCCAGCUCCCACUGCUUCAGAGUGCCACCCAGGCACUACUGGAAGCUGGGAUAGAUGCUUCACAUCCCACUGAAGGAGUCCUGAGUGGCAUCAGAACCCUGGUCAAUGAGCAUCAGGGAUACAAAGUGGAGCUUCAGCAUCUGAAGUCAGACCUGGAGGAGCUCCAGGAGAGAGAAGCAAAGUCCAGAGAGUUGCAGGAGCUACUGAGCAUUACCAGAGAGGAGCUGGUACAGCAGAGACAGCAGAUGACUGUGGCACAGCAUGAAGAAGAGGCCAGGAAUAAGGAGUUGGAGGAGCUAAAGGGGGAGUUGGAGGCACUCAGACAUGCCCAGACUAAACUGCAGCAGGAGGCACAGACCCAGGAGGCUGAGUGGUGCACCAGGCUGGAGGAGGCGGGCAAGAGGGAGAAGGAGUGGCAGGAUAAGGUGAAGGAGGUCUUGGAGGAGGAGAAGGAGCGCUACGGGGUCUGGGAGGCCGAGUACAGGGAGCAGGUGCGGCAGCACGCACACACCAUCGUGGCCCUGGAGCAGCGCUGGGUCCAGAGCAGACAGAGAGCCCAGGAGGUGGAGGAGGAGAGGGACGCACUGAUUGGACAGCUGAGAGCGUUGGAGGGGAAUCUGGAGAGUAGUAGGCCUGUGAUGAGUACCAGUCCCCUGGAGACACAGACUAAACAAGCCUCAGAGGUGGAGGCCCUGGAGGGUAAUAUCACUUCACUCAGGGCAGACUUGGCCCAGUCUCAGCUGGAAACAUGUAGCCAGGGUGACCUCAUCGUGGCUUUGAGUCGUGACCUGGCUGCAGCCAAUGCCAGGAUAACAGACAUGACAGGGGAGCUCAGUGAGCAGCAGAAACUACAGUUGGAGCAGCUUAAGGCUCUGGUUGUGGAUCAGAGGGUCCAACUGAGCACUCUCACUCAGAAGCUAAUGCUGAUGUCACAACUCGUGGAGCAGAAAGGGGAGGAGCUUGAGAAAGUGAGGGAUGAAUUGAGGCUUUGUCAGGUGGACCUGGAGAAGAGUCUCAGGGCAGAGAGAGAGAUGAAGGAACAGAGGACACACCCAGAGCAGACCCAGCCUGUCCACUACUCUGUUGUUCCCUGCAUACCACCACACACAAAGGCGAGUGGAAUAACAUAAAGGCCCAUAUUCACAAAGAGUCUCAGAGUAGGAGUGCUGAUUUAGGAUCAGUUUUGCCUUUUAGAUUAUAAUGAGUGAACCCAAAGGGGAACCUGAUCCUUGUACUCCCUCAUCUGAGACGCUUUAGGAAUACAGGACCAGUGGUGUACACCUCUGGUCCUCGAGGGCCGCCGUGUCUCCUGGCUUUUGGUGAACUGGUUGAUUUAGAUUUAGACCAGGGACACCAGGUGUUUGUAGCCUGGUCCCUGAUGUGUAUGUGCUGUCUCAUCGACUCAAACAGUGGUUAUCAUGCCAGACAACAACCAUAGGAGUUGACUAUGCUAUAAAGGACAAACAUAUCUGGGACCAGGCUAAGAAGAUUGCACUCUCCAGCCGCAUUGAUCAACUGAAGGCAAGAGAGGAAUCAAAUGAAGCACGAGGCACACAACAAUAUGGAAAAGAUUUGCAGCAUCAUAGGUUCACCACACAUACACUUGAAUACGUUACUGAAAAAAAGAGGUCUGAUAUUUAGCUGUCUGGUUCAGUAAACGCUGGAGGGUGCCUCUGUUUCCUCAGAGAAAAGCCCGUUUGAACAGGUUCUGCUGAUAAUGAUCUUGUGCUGUGGUGCCACGCCUCUAACUCAGUACAAUCAACACUCAGAGGAAGAGACCAUCUCCUGUUCCCCCUCCUAUCAGGACACUGGAGAAGCAGGAGAUACAUUAUAUGACAUUGUGCAUCACUAUGUUUAAUGGCAUGUGCCUCGCAUCCUGACAACACACUUGCAUGUAAAGCAGCACCUUGUCGUAAACCAUAGCAACAGUACAGUACAACAUGACACGACUCCUCUGUAUUCCCCAGGGCGCUCAUUUAUCUGCUGUUUGUCUC